AUAUAAGCCACCACCUUCACCAUAAACUAGUAAAUACAGCUUAUAUUUUUAUUAUUAUGAUCAAAAGUUUGAUGCGCAUUGAGCACCGGAGCUCCGGCGUGGUAGAUGGCCGGAGACGAGUCAGGUACGAGUCUGUACCAGAACUUGGCAGAUCGGUGCCUGAGUCUAGAGAAGAGUUAUGUGCAACUCAGGGAGCAGCUUGAUGAGCUGGUGCAGGAGAAGAGGAACGGGAGUACCGGGGUGUCAGUGACAUCAGAUUCCGUUGACAUGUCGUCAGAUGCCGUCGGAGGAGUGGUUCCCGGACAUUUCUCCGCCGGAAACCCGUACCGGAGCGUGUUGGAGUCCAUGGGACAUGCUGUUUAUGUCUGCGGAGCUUCUUCUGGAGAGAUUAUAUACUGGAACCGCUCUGCUGAAAAUCUAUAUGGAUGGAAGACCCAUGAGGUCCUUGGUUGCCAUGCGGCUGAUCUCCUUGUAGCUGAAGAAUACCAUACCCCUCUAAAGGAAAUCAUGGAGGGGUUGAACUCAGGGCAAUCGUGGUCAGGCCAGUUCCCUCUAAAGAAGAGAUCAGGUCAAAUAUUUAUGGCAAUAAUGACAAAAAGCCCUUUGUAUGAGGAUGGUGAGCUUGCUGGUGUUAUCACUGUCUCAAGUGAUGCAGCAAUAUUUAAUAGAUUACAUUUGCAAAACUUAAGACCAUCUCAGGAUCAUGGUAAAGCACGAGGAUUAAACUUGAAAAAGAUUCAGUGGAAUCCUCCACGACCACAGAUUGCAUCCAUGCCACAGAUAGCAGCGUCUGUUUCCAAUCUGGCAUCAAAGUUUCUAUCAAAUAGACAUGGAGAUGACAACUGUAGUGCAAAUGCAAGUACGAGGAACAGAGACAAUAGUGGAACACAGGCUGAAGAUUUUAAAUUAGAGAAGCCUUGUGCUCUAGCAACAAAGGUCUUGGAAAAAUUGCACAUCUGGGGAACUGGCACCUGUGAAAAUGAAGAUGAAGAAAGCGUUAGACAAAAUGGCGCAAGUGAUAUGCCAAGCCAUAAAGAAGUGAUUAGUGAAGUUAAUUCUUCUAGAGGUCCACAAGCAUCAACUGUAGACCACUGUAUCACGGGCACUAGAAACAGGAGACAACACCAGCAAAAAUCAAAUUCUUCAGCUGACAAGACACCUUUCAAUCUAAAAGAACAAAGAAUUAGACAAGAUAUUGAUGAGAAUCCCGUUGUAGUCUCUCCAAGGGAGUGUAGUAGUGAACACUCUGCCCCAUCCAGGCCAGAAAAUUCUAUGCCAGGAUCAGGCUGCUAUGUGGAUUCGAAUGAGUUGGAAUCUUCAGGGGUGGAAGAUGAAGAGCAUAAACGAUCAGAUGGUAAACAGUUUCCUAGUUUAGGGGAGGGUACUGGGACCCAAGGAAGUUCAUCAAGCAAGGGGGAUAAUGAUUCAAACUCUCUGACAGACUGUGAGAUUCACUGGGAAGACCUACAGUUGGGAGAGGAGAUUGGCCAAGGUUCAUAUGCUGUUGUUUACCAUGGAAUUUGGAAUGGAUCUGAUGUUGCUGUUAAGGCUUAUUUUGGGAGUGACUAUAUUGAAGGAACUUUGGAAGACUACAAAAAGGAGAUUGAUAUAAUGAAAAAAUUGAGACAUCCAAAUGUACUGCUGUUCAUGGGAGCAGUAUACUCUCAGGAACGGCUUGCCAUAGUCACAGAAUACCUACCAAGGGGAAGCCUGUUCAAGACACUACACAAGAAUAACCAGGCAUUAGACAUGAGACGCCGCCUAAGGAUGGCUCUUGAUGUUGCGAGAGGAAUGAAUUAUUUACAUCGCAGAAAUCCACCAAUAGUACACAGAGAUUUAAAAUCAUCUAACCUACUUGUUGACAGAAACUGGAAUGUAAAGGUUGGAGACUUUGGUUUGUCAAGGUGGAAAAAUGCAACAUUCUUAACUACUAAAUCUGGGAGAGGAACGCCGCAGUGGAUGGCUCCUGAAGUUCUUAGGAAUGAACCUUCUAAUGAGAAGUCUGAUGUGUUCAGUUUUGGUGUCAUCUUGUGGGAAUUAGUCACGGUUUCCAUUCCAUGGAGCAACCUAAAUUCUUUACAGGUUGUUGGCGUUGUGGGCUUUAUGGACAGAAGAUUAGACCUGCCAGAAGGCCUCGAUCCUCGACUAGCAUCAAUCAUCCGAGAUUGUUGGAAAAGCAACCCAGAUCAACGACCAUCAUUUGAAGACAUAAUUCAAAGAAUGUCAUGUUUUUUCCAGAAAGUUACUGUCCCAUCUGGUCACUUAAGUUCCAAGCCUUAAAUUUCCAAUACCAUGAUCAAUAGCUUCUUGUUUCUUCCAUAGUUUAGACAUUUUCAGAAGACCAUAUAUAGGAGGCAACCAAUUUAGCACUCCAACCCUUUUUUUCACUGGCUUCUUUUUCCCCUCCAAGGAAGCAAAAUGGAGGGACUUGCAGUUUUUGUGCCAAACUUGAAUGAGGAAAUCCUUAUAACCAAUGAGGUUUUUUAAACAAGGGUGAACCCAAAAUCAUAGUAUAGUCAAGCAAAUAGGAGAAGGAUGUAUAUUAAUCAUAUAUACUACGGUUAUGCUUAUUUUGAA